AUGGCAUCCAGUGUUCCUAAAACGAUGAAGGCGGUCAUACUCGAGCAGAAUGGUGGCCCAGACGAGCUUCAUUACAAAACAGACUAUCCUACACCAGCACCCGGACAAGAUGAAGUCUUGGUUAAAAACGAAGUCAUUGGCAUCAAUUAUAUCGACACAUAUUUCCGGACUGGCCUAUACCCUUUACCCAGUAAGCCUGCCAUCAUUGGUCAAGAAGCAUCAGGCACGAUUUCGGCCGUUGGCCCCGGCUCAAAGUCACACAGAUUUGAAGUUGGGGAUCGUGUUGUGUGGAUGAAGUUUGGGUCUUACGCUGAAUAUUCUGCUGUUUCUGCCGAAAAGACGAUCAAGAUUCCAGAUGGAAUAAGCAAUGAGGAUGCUGUUGGUGGCUUUUUAAUGGGUAUGACCGCUCUGAGCCUGGUCAAAGAAGCGUAUCCAGUCCAGAAGGGAGAUUGGGUUAUGCUUCACGCCGCAGCAGGUGGGGUAGGUUUACUCAUGUGCCAGCUACUGAGGGCGAUUGGCGCCAAAACAAUCGCUACGGCAGGGGGCGCAGAGAAAUGUGAGCUUGCAAGGAAGCAUGGUGCCGACCAUGUGAUUGAUUACAGGAGCACUGGGGCCCCAAAAUGGUUAGAUGAAGUAAAAAGACUCACAAAUGAUGAGGGUGUAGCUGUUGUCUACGAUUCCGUGGGAAAAGAUACCUGGGAAAACAGUUUGGAGGCUGCUCGCAGGAAAGGCAAAGUUGUCUUCUAUGGAAAUGCGAGUGGUCCGGUUCCGCCCUUUCCAAUUGCCAGACUGUCGGCCAAGAAUAUUUCAGUCAUCAGGCCUACGUUGAUGGGUUAUACUUACACGAGGGAGGAAUUCGAGUAUUACGCCAAUGAGCUCUUCCAGCUUGUCAAGUCAGGCGACUUGAGGAUUAGGAUACAUGAUACGUACAAGCUGGAAAAUGCUGCACAGGCCCAUAGAGAUUUGGAAGCAAGGAAAACCACGGGAAAGUUAUUGCUCAAGCCGUGA